AUGUAUCGCUGCAUUAAAAUGAGUAGCCCUGAUGACCAGUUGCAGUGCAUUCUUUGGCGCGAGGACCCAUCUGAGCAAAUCAAGACAUACAAGUUAAACACGGUCACAUAUGGAACGAGGCCUGCUGCCUUCCUAGCUAUUCGGGCUAUGCAUCAGCUUACAUUUGAUGAGGAGGAAUCAUUUCCAGUCGGCGCUAAAAUCAUUCGAAGAGAUUUUUACGUGGAUGAUUUGAUAUCUGGUGGCGAUUCAAUCGAGGAGGUCAUACAAAUGAAGCAAGAGAUCAGGCAGCUACUUCUACGAGGAGGCUUUCCAAUUCGAAAAUGGUGUUCUAAUGAAGUUGAUGUUUUGAAAGAUGAAGACGAAAGUAAUUGCGAAAAAUUCAUAAAGUUUCAUGAUGGUACAGAUGUGACGAAGGCACUUGGCCUUGUGUGGGAACGUAUCUCAGACAACUUUCUAUUCAGUUUCACACCAAUCUUGAAUUCGCAGAAAAUUACAAAGCGAUCUAUUCUUUCAGUCAUAGCGCGGUUCUACGAUCCACUUGGCUUAAUAUGCCCAGUUAUCGUAAAGCUGAAGAUCUUCAUGCAAGCCUUAUGGAAGGAAAAACUGGUUUGGGACGAAAGCCUGCCGCAAUCGCUACAGUCCAUUUGGUUGGACUUGUGUGGUAAACUUUCAUUUGUUAGCAAUCUCCAUUUUCCACGGUACGUGCUUGCACUGCAAGCCCGCGUUCAAAUUCAUGCCUUUUGUGAUGCCAGUUUAUCCGCUUAUGGUGCUUGUGUUUACACACGCGUUGAAAAGCACGGCGUCAACAAAAUACAUCUUCUAUGUUCCAAGUCCAGAGUUGCACCUUUGAAGUCGAUCACGGUUCCGAAACUCGAGUUGUCUGCUGCGUUGUUGUUAGCGGAAUUGGUUUCAAAUAUUUUGGAAAAUAGCCAACUAUCAUAUGAGUGCCAUUGUUGGUCGGAUUCAAUGAUUGUAUUGUCGUGGCUACGAUCUGCUCCCAGUAAUUUUAACAUAUUCGUAUCAAAUCGCGUGGCUAAAAUACAAUCGCUUACAUCAGGUAUGACCUGGCAUCACGUUCCAACCGAACUGAAUCCUGCGGAUAUUCUUUCGCGCGGCUGCACUCCAAAGGAGCUUCUAAAUAACACCCUUUGGGCUAAUGGACCUUCAUUCCUUCAACUUGAUUCAGCGCAUUGGCCAAGCAAUAUGGAUUUCUUAUCUAAUCUUCCAGAAAGACGGCGCCAUGUUUUAAUUGCUGCAACUCAAAUCGAUGAAACUUACGGUUGCAAGUUCCAAAAUUCAUUCAUCAAGUUACAGCGCGUGUUUGCGUACGUUUACAAAUUUUGCCACAUUAAAUCAAAACGAACUUUACCAUCAGCUGGAUUUCUCACAGUCGACGACAUUAAAGGUGGUACACUGCUGCUAAUCAGGCAUAUCCAGCAAGUGCACUUCGCAUCAGAAUACAAAGUACUGAAAGAAAACAAACAGUUGCCUUCCUGCAACCAUUUACUGUCACUCAAUCCAUUUAUCGACGACUUUGGUUCAUUACGCGUUGGAGGGCGGCUCUAUAAUUCGAAUUUAGAAUUCGAGGCAAAACACCCACUUUUGCUACCUAAGCAGCAUCCAGUCACUUCCGCACUCAUUGAAUUCUAUCAUCGUAAACUAUUGCAUGCAGGACCGCAGAGCUUAUUAGCAUCAAUUCGUCAGCAGUUUUGGCCUAUUGGUGGGCGCAAAACAGUUUCAAAAAUCAUUGAUAAAUGCUUGAGGUGCUUCCGCCUUAAGCCCAGGGUACUGCAGCAAAUUAUGGGUCAACUUCCAACAGAUCGUGUGAGACCAUCUAGACCUUUUAAUACAACAGGUGUUGACUAUUGUGGACCACUCCAGUACAAAUGUGAGGUGCGCAACCGGCCACCCGUGAAAUGCUACGUAUGUAUCUUUGUUUGUUUUUCAACGAAAGCAUGUCAUCUUGAACUUGUCCAAGAUUUAUCGACGUCAUCGUUCAUUGCUGCACUCAAACGAUUUAUCAGCAUUAGAGGCAAGCCAAGCACUAUUUGGUCUGAUAACGCUACAAAUUUUGUUGGGGCAAAAAAUGAGCUAGAAGAGCUGCGAAAACUAUUCGCCGAUCAAAAUCACAAUAGAGCAGUAGCUGAAGCUUGCAUUGAAAAUCAAAUAGAUUGGAAAUUUAUUCCUCCCCGCUCGCCCUAUUUUGGCGGCUUAUGGGAAGCUGCGGUCAAGUCCGCAAAACUUCAUUUCUAUCGCACCGUUGGCGUCUCUAUUUUAACCUUCGAUGAGCUUCGCACUCUCAUUUGUGAAAUUUCUGCUAUUUUAAAUUCUCGUCCCCUUUGUCCAAUUACAGAAAAUCCAGACGAUCUUGACGUGCUUACACCAGCGCACUUUCUCAUUGGUGGGUCAUUUACAGCCAUAGAAGAACCAAUUGUUACGCAUCUAAAUAUGAACCGUCUAAGCCGGUGGCAGCGAAUUUGUCAGAUGCAGCAAAUCUUUUGGCAAAGGUGGAGCACUGCGUAUCUAUCAUUACUGCAAGAGAGGUCUAAGUGGCGAAACCCUAUGGCAAACAUACAACAAGGUGCUAUGGUGCUUUUAAAGGAUGACAAUCAACCGCCUUUAAAAUGGAGUUUGGGUCGGGUUGAACACACCUUCAGUGGCGCUGACGGAUAUGUUAGAGCAGCAUUCAUUAAAACAGCAAAUGGGCCAGUAAAACGAGCUAUAACUAAGAUUGCAGCACUUCCGGUUGAAACAGAUUUGGUUGAAAGCCUACACCUUCCAACGGGGGGAGUAUGUAUGCAGCAGGAAUCUGCAUAA